AAUCCAGAUGAGCCUCCUUCUUUUUUAGCACAAUCAGUCCGGGGCUGGGUUUUUUUUUCGGCUACUACGGUUUUGUGCUUGUUUGACCAAUCCCUCAGCUCGGAUCAGUUCGGGGAGCGAAUUUGGACUCGAUUCGCUUGUGUAGAAUAAUCCCUCGUCCACCCCCACUGACUGUCAGCGACACCGGGAUUUCUUCAUCGCAGAGAACCCAACGGAACAUAAAAUAAUGGACAGGACGGAUCUGAUCCAGAAGGCCAAGCUGGCGGAGCAGGCUGAGCGCUAUGACGACAUGGCAGACUGCAUGAGGGAGGUGACGGAGAUGGGAGGGGAGCUGUCAAACGAGGAAAGGAACCUGCUCUCUGUCGCCUACAAAAACGUGGUCGGGGCGCGGCGGUCCGCCUGGAGGGUGAUGUCCAGCAUCGGCCUGAAGACCGAUGGCAGCGAGAAGAAGCAGCAGAUGGUCAAGGAGUACCGGGAAAAGGUGGAGAAGGAGCUGGAAGACAUUUGCAACAAUGUUUUGAAGAAGAGGAUAUGUUGGAGAAACUGCUGGUUCUCCCCUGUCUGUGUUGAUUUCCUGCUGCCAGAUGUUGCAGAGAAACUGCUGGAUAAUUAUUUAAUCACCAACUCCAAAAACCCAGAGAGCAAAGUCUUCUAUCUAAAGAUGAAGGGAGACUACUACAGAUACCUGGCAGAAGUUGCCUCUGGAGACAACAAAUCGAAAACUAUUGAAAACUCACAGCAAGCGUACCAGUCUGCGUUUGACAUCAGCAAGACUGAGAUGGAGCCCACACACCCCAUCCGCCUGGGACUGGCCCUCAACUUCUCCGUCUUCUUCUACGAGAUCCUGAACUCCCCAGAUAAGGCCUGCGAGCUGGCCAAGAAGGCGUUUGAUGAUGCUAUUGCAGAGCUGGACCAGCUUCAUGAAGAGUCCUACAAGGACAGCACCCUCAUCAUGCAGCUGCUCAGAGACAACCUGACACUAUGGACAUCUGAUAACGCUCCGGAGGAGGGCAACGCUGGAGAAGGAGAAGCCGGCGAGACGGAGAACUAGAGCAUGCAUGCCCCAACUGUUGGGAAAACGACAGAAAUGAUUUUAAAAAAAGUUUAUGAAUAAAUCAACUUUCCUCAUUAUAUGCUCCAUAACACUCCACUGCUACAUUCCAUUGCUGAAAAAUAAUCUUAAACAACCAGAAUAAAGUCUUUCAACAGAUCAGAUUUGGAGACUUCCUUCCAUUCCUGUAGUUUUUCUCUCGGCCUUCUUCCCAUCUUGUGCAGGUUCAGCUGUAGAAAAAGUAAAUAGGAAUCUGAUUUAGGAGACCCCGACCCCUGGAAAGUUGAAAACCUGAUCAUCUCAUUGCAUCGUUUUGCAGUUUUUCUACCAGAUUACGUGGUACUGUUACUUUUGCUCUGGGUUUAAUUUGAACUAAAUGUAAUUUUUUAUUCUUCAGGGAAAAGCCGGUGCACUUUCACUUGCUGGCUGAAGAUGUUUGAACACAGCCAAGUACUGCCCAGUGGUUUGAACGUUCGCUCCCUGCCAGUUCUGAUCCCAGUGAUGCGUUCACUGUCGUCUGUUUAGGGUGAACUUAUUGAUGCCGAUUAGUUUGUCAGUGGAGAGAAGCCAUUCCUGCUCCUUCACUUCUCUUGAAAUUUUACACUGUAAUGGGUCAAAUUUAUUUUAAGCCACUCUACAGAAGUGAGAUUUGUUGGUCUGUUUGGUGAUGUACCAUGUUUUGUUUUGUUUUGUUUUGUUUUUUCUGUUGAGAUUUGGACCACUUUUUUGUUUUCUAAUGAAUUCAGUUGGUAGUCCUUGAACGCCUCAUGGAACUGUUGAAUCCUGAUGCAUCCACUAUGUUAACAUGAAUAAAACAUUUUAUAAGCCACGUCA